AUGACAUGUCCCUGCCAUACUCCCAAACCCUCCGACUACAUCCAGUGUCUUGAGCGUGGAGAAGGAACAACGACCGGCAGCACGUGUGCUGCGGCUGAUGUGCUACAAGCCGGAGCGCUGGAGGCGUUCGUGAGGGACGUUGACGAGGAACGAAUAGAGCUCGAGGAGGUGGAGAUAGUAGGGAGAAAAUUGGAAGGCAUUGAGUGGGCCAUGAGAGCCGAGACAAUGGAGGGAUUGGAGCCAUGCAAUGUUGAAGAAGCCCGGCAAUGUCUGGACUGGCUGAGUUGGAAUGCCGCAAUCAAAGAUGAGCUUGCUCGCAUGCACAAGCUCAAAACCUGGACUCUCAUCGACAGGCCACCCAACACAAAUGUCGUUGGUUCCAAGUGGGUUUUCAAGCUCAAACAGGGUGCAUCAAGCAAGAUUGUCAAAUACAAGGUGUGCCUCGUCGCACAAGGCUUCACUCAAGUCCCCGGACUCGACUAUGGCGACACCUUUGCACUGGUCACAAAACUCAUGAAUAUCCAAAUUCUGCUCGCUCUUGCUGCCCGAUUUGACUGGGAGAUCUACUAG